AUGCUGCGCCUCCUCACACAGCUGACUGGCAACACAGGUAUUCUGUCCGACUGGGCUCACGGCAUACUUGUUGAUCUUCGGUCCAUAACCCUGGAUUUUCACCUGCUUCCUCAUCUUCAAGUCAUCAUGGAGAAAUCCUUGGCAGAGUUCAAUAAAGCCAGCUCAACUUCAUCACUUCCACCUGAGCCGGUGGACAUCAUUCGCAGCAAGUCAGGUUUCCGCAGAGUCAGGCUGAAUGUUGGGGGCCUCCCACAUGAAGUCCUGUGGCGAACGUUAGAUAGGCUACCACGAACACGUUUGGGAAAGUUAAGAGAUUGCAACACCCAUGAAUCUCUGAUGGAGGUUUGUGAUGACUACAACCUUGAGGAGAAUGAGUACUUUUUCGACCGGCACCCUGGGGCGUUCACAUCAAUUCUGAACUUUUACCGCACGGGUAAGCUGCACAUGAUGGAGGAAAUGUGUGCCCUGUCAUUCAGUCAAGAACUUGACUACUGGGGCAUUGAUGAGAUCUACCUGGAGUCGUGUUGCCAGGCAAGGUAUCACCAGAAAAAGGAGCAAAUGAAUGAGGAGCUCAAAAGAGAAGCAGAUAAUAUGAAAGACAGAGAGGGAGAAGAGUUCGACAACACUUGCUGUGCUGAAAAGCGAAAGAAACUUUGGGACCUGCUGGAAAAGCCAAGCUCUUCUGUUGCAGCAAAGAUCUUGGCCAUCAUCUCCAUCCUCUUCAUCGUGCUAUCCACCAUUGCCUUGUCUCUGAACACCCUUCCAGAGCUGCAGGAUACAGAUGAGUUUGGCCAAUCCACAGACAACCCACAACUGGCCCAUGUGGAAGCCGUGUGUAUUGCCUGGUUUACCAUGGAGUACCUGCUCCGCUUCCUCUCCUCCCCCAACAAAUGGAAGUUUUUCAAAGGUCCUCUGAACGUCAUUGACCUGCUGGCCAUCCUGCCCUACUAUGUCACCAUCUUUCUGACAGAAUCCAACAAAAGUGUGCUGCAGUUUCAGAAUGUCCGUCGUGUGGUUCAGAUUUUCCGGAUUAUGCGUAUCCUGCGUAUUCUCAAGCUGGCUCGUCAUUCAACAGGUCUUCAGUCUCUUGGUUUCACUCUUAGGAGAAGCUACAAUGAACUGGGCCUGCUCAUUCUUUUCCUGGCCAUGGGCAUCAUGAUCUUCUCCAGUCUGGUGUUUUUUGCUGAGAAAGAUGAGGAGGAUACAAAGUUUAAAAGCAUUCCAGCAUCUUUCUGGUGGGCUACUAUCACUAUGACCACAGUAGGCUAUGGAGAUAUCUACCCAAAAACUCUACUGGGAAAGAUAGUAGGGGGUUUAUGCUGCAUAGCUGGAGUAUUGGUGAUAGCCCUGCCCAUUCCCAUUAUUGUAAAUAACUUCUCUGAAUUCUACAAGGAGCAGAAGAGGCAGGAAAAAGCACUUAAACGAAGGGAGGCUCUGGAAAGGGCAAAGAGAAAUGGUAGCAUUGUCUCAAUGAACUUGAAAGAGGCUUUUGCUCGUAGUGCAGAGCUGAUGGAUGUGGUGGUUGAGAAGAGUGAGCGGCCUCAUGACAACCACCUCUCUCCAAGCCGUUGGAAAUGGACUCCCAAGAGGGCCACAUCAGAAACAAGCUCAAACCAUUCCUUCAACGCCCAGGAGUUAGGCUCUCCCAACAAAAACACCAGUCCCCAAAGGCUAAAUGUUCAGAAGCUGGAGGAGAUGUACAACCAAAUGGCCAAGACACAGUCACAACCCAACCUUAAUGCUAAAGACAGAGGCUCCAGGGUUGGAAAACAGAGGGAUGAGAUAGAGCUGGGGGCCAUCCAAGAUCACGGGCAACCAGUGCUAGGAACCAGAGAAGGAGUGGGGGACAUGAAAAGCUUGUCAAGUAUUGACAGCUACAUCAGUUGUGCUACAGACUUCCAGGAGAAUACACGCUUCCAACAUAGUCCAGCAAUGGAUCUUGGUAAUCAGGAAAGCAACAGGUUCUCCCAUAGUCCAGCUACAGCUUUGUCCCAGCACACCAAUGUGAAAGCAGGCCAGCAAACUAUUGGGGAGCGUGGGCCUAUGCUGACUCCCUUGUCUGUCACCAAGCCCUCUUGCUCAGAAAAUGCAAGAAGAUUCUUCUUUUCCAGCAACCCCUCAAAAACCCUUAUCCCUAAAGGAGGCUGCCGCAGUGAUGGGGAGUCAGGACCAUCACCACUCUCAGACAGCUCAGUCCUGUCAGACCACUCUCUGUUAAGCCCGGAAGUUUCUGUCUACACCACUGCCAGCAGCAGGACCCCGCCGAAGUCCCCAGAUAGCACUGCCCUGGCACCAACUGUUUUCACCUUCCACGACUCCUCCAUCAGCAAAUACAUUGACGCUGAUACAGAUGAGGAUGAGCACCUCCGUGACAUCUCUGACGCCAGUCCCUCAGAGCGCCUGUUGUGUGGUUCAAGCCCCAAGCGCAGCAUCAAUAUCAAUUACCAGAGAGGAAACAACCAUUUAGAAGCAGCCCAGAAAAUGCUGGGGCAAAACUGUCUGUUCCCCCUUGAAGGGAUUCGUGGGGUUGCUCACGAGAACCAUGUGGGACCUGAGAUGGCACGCAGACCAAAGGGGCAUCAAAACACUUUGGAUAAAAGCCUCUGA